AUGUGGCAGCAACUCGGCCACUGCCAGCAUUCUACGAAGUACAUGGCACAUUACUGCAGAAAAUCGUGCGGAAUGUGCGACGAGGAAGUAACAAGUGAGUCGAAAAAAGUCGCCGAGAACAUACAAGAACUUUAA